AUGCGCGUGCAAUACCUCUGUCUCGCUCUCUUCGCGGCUCUCUACUCGACGCACAGCGCUGCAGUCUCGCUGGGGCAGGACGGACCCACUGAGCACCGCCUUCUACGUGCGGAAGCGCCGAACGCCAGUGGAGGUCAAGAGGGGGCAGACAACGGCAUGGGCGAGGAAAGGGCUCUUUUCCAGGCCUUUGAAGGCUUUGGUGCGAGAAUUGGGAAAACGAUCGGAAAGGUGCGACCCAAGAGCGAUGAGCAGUCGAAGAUACUGAAGGCGGCUUUAAAACGGGAGCAAGCGGAAAAGGACUUUUAUGAGGCCAAGGUCGCUGAAAAUAGAAAGUCUUUCGCAUCGGCUCUGACGCCAUACACCCAGCGAGACGAUGCUCUCGAUGCUGUGAUGAAGUUGGAGAAAUGGUUGCCGCCAAAAGUUCUUGCUGAUAAGAAUACUUACCGUCAGUGGGUGAAGAACGUCGCGACAAAACUCAAAGAUGACGAAGCAGCAAGAAAGGCAGCUGUGGAAGCAGCAAAUGAGGCUGCUGAGAAAGCAGCAAAAGAGGCUGCUGCGAAAGCGCAUUAA